CCAUAAAUUAUCUUUUAAUGUUAAUACAUUGUGAUAUCUAGGGUCAUUUCUCAGUCAAAUCAAACAAUGGUUGUCAACACCUACCCAUUUCAUUUUUAAAUUCACCAUUGGAUUUGUGGGACUUACAUUGAGUCCCACAAAUAUAUCAAUGGUAAAUUUGAAACUUUUUUGUAUGGAGAUGUUUAGGGAAUCAGAUGAAUAUCUAACAUGUCCCAUAUAUCUAUUUUUAUGGUUUGGGAAUAUUUUAAAAUUGAAAGUAUAUAAAGAGACUUGGAAGAAAAGAGUCUUACAUAAAGAAAAGAAAAGAUACCCAACUCACACCAAGCUAUUACUUUAAAGUAAGCAAUAAUUAGGUGUAUGUACUUGUCUUUAUACUCUUUCGCACUGGGUGCACAAGCACAAAAUUUGUGUCUCUCUCUCCUUGUUAAAAUAAAACCUCUAAGGGUGUGUUGGUUGGAUUUCUUUUUCCACACUUAAAGAGGAUUUCUAUGUUCUAUUGUAUUUUGGAGAAGUGUUUGUUAUAACUCAGUGCAUACCAAUGUCUGAAUUGGUGGGAGCAAAUAACUUCUUAAGAAAAGCAACUUUGUAACGUACUUUAUGAGCAUUAAAUUUUCUCUUUUACAUUCAUGCACUAACAUAAUAACGAUGGGUCAGCCAGGGAAUUGAAGUGCUAUCAAUAUUGUAAAUGCCUGGUGCUCAAGACUUUCUUUGGUAUCAGACAUAUGGAUUUGCGUCAAGAAAAGUGUGCUGUCGUCUUCUGAUGGCUAUUGCACAUUUGUACUUACUUAACUAAUUCUCAUCAAUUAGUUAACUAAACGGAAUAGACAAAAUAUUAUAGUAGAUUGAUGAUGAUAAUAUAUAUUUAUUUUCUGCAAUUGAAAAUUAGUCGUUGGGUCACAGUUGGUCAUGCUCACAGCUAAUGUUCAUAAACAUAUGGUAUCUACUAUCUACAUUCUAGAGGGCAAAAUUUUCUUUAGUUCACAUUGAUAAUUCAACUUUGUCACUCCACGUCUAAGACUUUUGUGCAAAGGCAAAAAACGCGUGAGCCUUGCCUACAACAAUUUCGGAUGCAUAUUAAGUUUUAUAUGACUAAUUGCCAAGUCAGAGCUAUGUGGUAGCUGCCAUUAACUACUCUAAUAUGACUACUUCACCAGUCAAAGUUAAAUGGUAGCAAGAAAUAUAGUUUAAAGACUCCAUUUCUGUGAAUCUGUGAAGGAAAGAAAAUUAUGGGUUUCCAAAAGGAGUACCUUGAUUUGGUGUUAGUCCCAAGUGGAUUGCUCAUCAUGUUUGCUUAUCAUCUCUUACUCCUCUAUAGAUACCUUAAUCGUCCUCACACCACGGUGAUGGGUUUUGAGAACAAUGACAAAAUAGCUUGGGUGGAAAGAAUUAUGCAGAUUGAUAAAAGAGACGUUGGAGUAGCUCUGUCUGUCAUAUCAACAAACACAUCAGCAGCAACUUUCUUGGCAUCAGUCUCUUUAACGCUCUGCUCCCUCAUUGGUGCUUGGAUUGCAAACUCUUCCAAAGAAUUUCUGCAGAGUGAAUUAAUCUACGGAGACACAAGGCCAUCCACCAUGUCUAUCAAGUACAUAACUCUCCUAACCUGCUUCCUCCUCGCUUUUUCAUGCUUUGUUCAGUCGGCAAGGAGCUUUGUCCAUGCAAACUAUCUGAUAAGCACCCCAGAUAGCAACAUACCUGUUAAAAAUGUGGAAGUGGCAGUUAUAAGGGGUAGUGAUUUUUGGUCACUCGGGCUUAGAGCACUUUAUUUUGCUCUCGAUUUGCUGCUAUGGUUUUUUGGGCCGAUACCCAUGUUUGUUUCCUCCAUUGUUAUGGUGAUAGCCCUCCAUUAUCUUGACACAAACACAACUCUAUUGCAUCAACAUAGGUCCCCAGCCCCAGGGAACAAGAUGGUCAAAAGCGUGGCUGACUGAAUAUCCAUGGCAUUCCUGGCCCUUCAGCAUCAUGGUGUGCAAUAACAAAUUAUAUUUCUACAUAAAAAGGAACCAAAUUCUUGAUUCAUAAAUGCAAAAGUAGUGAAAGGAGAGUUUUACUACACUUUUUCCUUUUCUUUUUUUGCAAUUAAAGAAAAAAUUCUCAUCUUAA